GAAGCGGCCAGAACCCGACGAUUCCAAGGCCUCCUCGGGACUUUGGGCACUCGCCGCUUCGCUCGGGACGGCUGGCCGGCUCCAGUGUUCUUCUACCCCGCCCCGCCCCGCCCGGCCCUCCGCCCCUCAGGUUCUUUUUGUAAUAUUGUAUAAACCUCCAGGAAGACUAUGAAAGAUUAUGAUGAACUUCUCAAAUACUAUGAAUUAUAUGAAACUAUUGGGACAGGUGGCUUUGCAAAGGUCAAACUUGCCUGCCAUAUCCUCACCGGAGAAAUGGUAGCUAUAAAAAUCAUGGAUAAAAAUGCACUAGGGAGUGAUUUGCCCCGGGUCAAAACAGAGAUUGAGGCCUUGAAGAACCUGAGACAUCAGCAUAUAUGUCAACUCUACCAUGUGCUAGAGACAGCCAACAAAAUAUUCAUGGUUCUUGAGUAUUGCCCUGGAGGAGAGCUGUUUGACUACAUAAUUUCCCAGGAUCGCCUGUCUGAGGAGGAGACCCGAGUUGUCUUCCGUCAGAUAGUUUCUGCAGUUGCUUACGUGCACAGCCAGGGCUAUGCUCACAGGGACCUCAAACCAGAAAAUUUGUUGUUUGAUGAAUAUCAUAAAGUAAAGCUGAUUGACUUUGGUCUCUGUGCGAAACCCAAGGGUAACAAGGAUUACCAUCUGCAGACAUGCUGUGGGAGUCUUGCUUAUGCAGCACCUGAAUUAAUACAAGGCAAAUCCUAUUUGGGGUCAGAGGCAGAUGUUUGGAGUAUGGGCAUACUCUUAUAUGUACUUAUGUGUGGCUUUCUACCAUUUGAUGAUGAUAAUGUCAUGGCUUUGUACAAGAAGAUUAUGGUGGACCCAAAGAAACGGAUUUCUGUGAAAAAUCUACUGAGCCAUCCCUGGAUCAUGCACGAUUACAACUGUCCUGUUGAGUGGCAAAGCAAGAAAUCUCUUAUUCACCUUGAUGAAGAUUGUGUAACAGAACUUUCUGUACAUUACAGAAAUAACAGGCAAACAAUGGAGGAUUUAAUUUCAUCGUGGCAGUAUGAUCACCUUACUGCUACCUAUCUUCUGCUUCUAGCCAAGAAGGCUCGGGGAAAACCAGCUCGUUUAAGACUUACUUCUUUUUCCUGUGGACUAGCCAAUACCACCCCAUUCACAAACAUCAAGUCAAAGAAUCUGAGUCUAGAAGAUAUGACGACAAGUGAUGAAAACUAUGUGGCUGGGUUGAUAGACUAUGACUGGUGUGGAGACAGUUCAUCAACAGGUGUGGCCACUCCUCAAACACCACAGUUUGCCAAGCAUUGGACAGAAUCAAAUGGUCUGGAAUCUAAAUCAUUAACUCCAGUAUUAUGCAGAGCAUCUGCUAAUAAAUUAAAGAACAAAGAGAAUGUAUAUACGCCUAAGUCAGCUGUAAAGGAUGAUGACUGCUUUGUAUUUCCUGAGCCAAAGACUCCAGUUAAUAAGAACCAGUAUAAGAGAGAAAUACUCUCUACACCAAAUCAUUACACUGCACCCUCAAAAGCCAGAAACCAAUGCCUGAAAGAAACCCCAAUUAAAAUGCCAACAAAUUCAGCAGGAACAGAGAAGUUAAUGAUAGGUGUCAUUAGCCCUGAGAGGCGAUGUCGCUCUGUGGAACUGGAUCUCAACCAAGCACAUGUAGAGGAUACUCCAAAGAGAAAAGGAACCAAAGUGUUUGGGAGCCUUGAAAGGGGAUUGGAUAAGGUUAUCACUGUGCUUACCAGGAGCAAAAGGAAGGGCUCUGCCAAAGAUGGGCCAAGAAGACUAAAGCUUCACUAUAAUGUGACUACAACCAGAUUAGUGAAUCCAGAUCAACUCUUGAAUGAAAUAAUGUCUAUUCUUCCAAAGAAGCACGUUGACUUUGUACAAAAGGGCUAUACACUGAAGUGUCAAACACAGUCAGAUUUUGGUAAAGUCACAAUGCAGUUUGAACUAGAAGUAUGCCAGCUUCAAAAGCCCGAUGUGGUGGGUAUCAGGAGGCAGCGGCUAAAGGGUGAUGCCUGGGUUUACAAGAGAUUAGUGGAAGACAUCCUGUCUAGCUGCAAGGUAUAAUUGUUGGAUGGUUUCCCCCCUCGCUGGAUGAAUAUGGGUGUGACACAGCCUAUGUGGAGACUGGUGUGACUGGUUUGAUUUUUAAAGUUCUUUGGAACUACAGACUUGUUUCUGAAGAGCUGUCUUAAAGACCAAUAUCUUUUUGUUUUUAAACAAAAGAUGUUUUGCAGAUGAAUCUAAGGUGUGCCCAAUCUGUCAUUAUCUAUUACUGUCUUCUUCAAUCAUGUGGUUUUGUAUAUUAAUAACUGUUGACUUUCCUAGAUUCACUUCCAUAUGUGAAAGUAAGCUCUUAACUAUGUCUCCUUUUAAAUGUGUAAUUUCUUUCUGAAAUAAAAUCAUUUGUG